UUUUACACUUUGCUUCUCAACCGAGUUCCACUGCAGCCUGGAGCAGCUCUCGGUGCCGGCCAGGCUGAAAGCAUCGGAGCUAUUUCAGACACAUUGAAAGGAUCACAGUCAAUAUCUCAGCUGGUGGAAGAGGCUACCUCUUUCAGCAUCGAAAGGAGGGAUAAGACUCUGUCUUAAAAAUGUCAAAGCAGCCAGCGUCACAUGUCAAAGCCAUUCAGGCUAAUAUUAACAUCCCAAUGGGAGCAUUUCGACCUGGUGCAGGCCACCCUCAUAAAAGAAAAGAACUAACACCUGAAGAAGUGGACGAGAGUGUUCCUGCUACAGAGGAGGAGAAAGAAAAGAAACAUCUCCCAGGAGCUAAGAAACUUCCAGGUCCUGCUGUCAACUUAUCAGAGAUUCAGAACAUAAAGAGUGAGCUGAAAUUUGUCCCCAGAGCUGAACAGUAGUUGGAACAAGCAGGUCCACUCGGAAACCUGCCCUGCAGAAGCCUACUCCCCUGCCAACUCAAGGAGAUGUUGCUGCAUACACUGUUAAGAAUCCUUGAGCCACUUCUGCAAUCAGCAUCUUGAGGCUUUAGGGGAGAGCUGUUUAGAUACAGCUAAUAGAAAAAUAAUUGAAAACAGUCAUAUUGUCUUCUUUUCUGGGGCUUCAGCAACAUCCUGAGUCAGGAGCCAUUAACCCUCACACUGGGUUGGAGUGUGAACCAUCUCCUCCAGGUUUGUACCUGAGUACUUUCUUUAAAAUAAACAGAAGAACAAUUUGAAAGCACAGCGAGAGAAGGCAUGUGCUGGUAGCCCCUCCCUUCUGCAUUGGCUCAGCGAUUAUCACAUGCACCCAGGAUGAAGGAAUAAAGCAGUUCAACUCCUUCUUCUCCUCAAAAGGAUUAAACCCCACAUUUCUUGCCUCCGUGGAGACUGGAGACUACCUUGGCAGGGGGAGCCUUUUCUAGACUUUGAACUAAAGCAAGACUGCUGUGCAGAAAUGAAUUAAAAUUAAUCUGUAGACUGUGAGCCUGACGGCAGCUUAACAAGGAGUUCAUUUGUCAGUAGGGAAACCUGCUUCCCUGUGCCUUAGCAUGUGGACUGCUGUAUGCCUUGUCUUAAGGCUAAUUCAUGUAGCAACAGUUUCCUCAAGCUGUGCUUUAAAAGAAGCCAGGGUGGCUGCUGCUGCGUUUUGUACAAAGCCUGAUGCAACAGGGUCGGUGUUGAAGAGGAAGGUCUCUGUGGGAACCCACCACGCUUCUGGGUGCUGCUCAGUGUUACAUGUCUCCCCAUUACUCAGCUGAGCAGGUUUAUGAAAAAAAAUAGGUAUCUGUAGACAAGUUCGAGCACAGUUUGAGAUUAUGGUAUAGUUAGACCACAGUUUUGAGGAACACAGUUUUGGAGGGAAGCACCUAGGUCCCUGUUGCACCACAGGCAGUUAAACCACUAGGGUUCUGGCCCCCAUUAAUGAAGAGCACAAUCCCAUUGCCACUCAGUGGGAGCUAUGCUCUUAAAACACUUAAGUGUGUGCUUCUCAAAAUCCCACUCCAAAUUUGUAUGUGCGAAUUGCAUAUUGUUCAUUGUUAAGAGUGAAUGCGCCUCUGUGUCUUUCUGCAACCCGAUCCAGGACACAUACUGAUACAGCUGCAUGAAUGCUCCAAAAGGAACUGUUUUAUGUAAAUCCUGAGAAAAGCCUGUCUGCAGAGCUAAUUGAGCAAAAUAAAUCUUUUCCACAGAAACUGUGGAUCACAUUGGUAAAAAUUAAAAAUCAAAAGUUAAUCGGUCUUAGAAGCCUGUUUUUAAUAGCAGCUCAUUCCUCUCGUCUUUUCCUUUUAUUUUCCUGUGGAAAACAUACUUUUUUUUUCUCUUCAUUUUGUUUAGCCAAAAACAAAUUUUGUGUUGUGAAACAGGAUGUCAUAGAAAAGUUUAGUUUUACUGUAUAUCUUCCAGUCAAUCCUAAUACCUCAUUUCUAAAUGCUUGCCUGUUAUAGAUGGCAAAAUCAAGAUGCAUAUUGUCAGUACAGUCUUGUACAGAAAACAUGCUGCAAUGCCUUCAUUUAUGUUUUGGAGUAGAAAACAAAAGAAAACAUGUAAUAUUUCCAAUACUUCCAAUUUCCAACAUUUCCAAUUUCCAACAUGUAAUAUUUCAAAUAUUUCAAGUAUUUCAAAUUUUCCAAAACUUGUAAUAUUUCCAAUAAAACUUGUAAUAUUUCCAAUAAAACAUGUAAUAUUGGAAGCUGUAAUAAAUAAUGAAAAACUAUAAACACAACAUGCAUAUAUAUAGCUUACUGACAUGAAAGAGCUUCAUAUGUAGUGUAUCUGUAUGCAUAAAAUAUUAACUAUAAGCUUUCGAAAGAAGAAAUAAUUACCACAUGACCUGCAGUAACUUUAAGGAAACAAGAUAAUGCAAGGAAUUAAGCAUAUACUGCAUAGACCAAGUGUCAGAAUACACAGUUUUGUAAUACAGUCAGUUUUAUGUCAAAUUAAAUUAGCAUAAUUAGUAUGAUGUCAUGGCUUCAUGCCUAUCCAUCUCUGAAGACAUCCUGUGAGUUGUGUCUAAGAUGGCUGUUAAAGUUCACAAACCUGUUCAGACCUCUCUCUUCCCUAUGGCAAGGGGGCCACAAAAUUCAGAACAAGAGCGUUACAUACUCAGAAGAGGGUGCAGAGAAUGUGGGUUAGAGAGACUGUUUCCUGUUUUUUGGCAGCUAGCAAUCACUGUCUUGUCACACAUCCUUUUCCUUCUGUUUGCUCUACUUUUUAAUUGUGUUUUGCUUCAUGCUAAGUGCUAAGCAUUAAAAAAAAAAAAAAUAGUAUUUGCAAAGUGCACAGAAACCUCCCAGUCCUGAUCUGAUAUUUGAUAAUGCCAUACCUAACUUCCAUUUCUUCUGUAACUAUAUUUGCAGGGAUAGGACCAUUGUCUCAGCCCCCUUUUUAUUGCACAUGCUAGAAUUAUAUUGAAGUAAAACAGGUGGAUGAAUAGUACCAUGAUUAAUCAUAGUUCAGUCGUGCUGUGAUAUUAUCUGUAGACAUAUCAGAUGUGCACUAUAUUUAUAUAGAAUGACACUGACACAUUAUGAAUUCUGUUGAGAAGAAGCCAUAUGACCAGGAGAAAGCAGCAUUUUUAGUAACUGUAAGUAGCACAGAUAGUCAAAUGUGGGCUAUCUGCAUUACAGCCUUGGGUAAGGUGACAGAAGAGGCAGAAUUCAUGAUGAAUAAAUUGGAUAUUGCUGCCCAGAGAUAGAGAAGGCUGAGAUUUCUAUUCCCUUUUUUUUGGAGAGGAGCCCCUUCUCAGUGUCUCCAAGAUCAAACAACUUGCUGCUCUUGCAUUAACAGCAACAAAAUCAAAGAGAGCUCAGUGACGAGUAUUACUUCACAAGUGGUGGCACUUGCGUUGCCCCAGCCCUGACACCCCCGCGUUCCCCAUCCUCGGCCCUGCAGCAUUGCCACAUUGACAGGGCGAGACACAUAGCUCCACACCAGCCUCCCAUUUGAGGCCACUCUGCCCUGGUGCCUCAGGAAGGGCCACUGGAAGAGCUUUAGCUGACAGGUCUGGCCCUGCCGUCGCUGGGCACAUGUUCCCAUUUAGUUGUCGUGCAGCAUGGUGCAGUGUGUUGGGCCAUGCCGGGUUUCACCUGUCUGAGUGCUGGUGAAAUCCCUUUAAAAUAAACCUGGAUCUUGGUAGAGUGCUUGCUGCCCUGAUGUCUGCCUCUGAAACAAAGCAAUCCACCAGCAGAAACAACCCCAUUGUAGCCCUAUCUGUUGCUGCGGCCUGGCUGGGCAAGCAGGCUGAGGCUGCAGGCCAGAGGACAGCAGGACUGCUCUGUGACAGCCCUGCUGGGCACUGCACUGACUCCGGGGCUCCUUUUUAUUGCUGUUAUUUUGUUAUGGUGAUUUUUAACUGCCAGAGAGCUUUCUGUGCUUAUCAACGCAGGCAGCCGGGCAUUUCUUGCCAUCUCUCUCUGUCCUUCUGGGAAGGGGAUUAGUACAAGCUAAAUGCUAUCCCCCCCCCUCCCCUCAGUAGUAAUGUACAUGAGAGGCAUACCCUGCUGCUCCUUCAGCAGUCAGAAGUGCUAAAAUGCAAAAGGCUCUUUUCUGACAGUUGUUUCUGUGUUUGUGCUUGCUAUGUCAUUAAUAAAGGCUGUUUUUCAAAACGU